AUGGACCCUACGCGCCGUGUGGACUCGAUCACCGACGUGAUCAAAGUAAAGACGGACCUUCCAAAGUCAAAACUCAAAGCUAUCAGGUUCUUUAAGCCCAGCGGCCUCUCCUUCGAUGCACAGGAGGAUCAGGUGGAACGGUGGCUCCAGUAG